AACAAGUUAAACCAGCACAAGCGGAAGUAGCAGGGACAGAGCCAGGGUAAACUAGGUACGUUUUAAACAACAUUCCCGUACUGGAACACGGAGGAGCUCAGAGCAUUGAAGGAACACGGAGUACAACCUCACGGAGCAGAGCCUCACGGAGCAGAACCUCACAGAGCAGAACCUCACGGAGCAGAACCUCACGGAGCAGAGCCUCACGGAGCAGAACCUCACGGAGCAGAACCUCACGGAGCAGAACCUCACGGAGCAGAACCUCACGGAGCAGAACCCGGAGAGUCUCAGCUCUCCCAGAAAUCCACUCAGAGAAAAGUUGAAGGUAAAAAGCUGGAGGUCUGGAUCUGGAAGCAAAGCAGAAGCUGCACACUAAGACAGCGCACCGCUCUGCUCCAGGGGGAUCAAGAUGAUCCUGAACUCAGCGCUGGUGGUGCUGACCGACCUGGCCGCCAUGUUGCUAGGCCACAAGAUGUUCAGAAGACACUUCCACCUGCUGCUCUCGGUGCUGCUGGUGUUUGGGCCGGCUCUGAGCCUCUGGGUCUCACAGUACAGCGUUUUCGCCAGAAGAGGCCACUUCCUCUACAGGAUGUUCCUGCGCUCCGGCUGGGGCUGGACGUGCCUCUUGGUGGGCUCCUUUGUGUUGGUCCUGUCCUUCUCCCGGCGCCGCUCCGUGCUGCUCUCCCUGCGUCACCUGUCACGCCUGCUGGCGGCCGGCGGCUUGUGGCUAGGCUUCCGCAAGAUCCUGGAGGUCCUGGGGAACGCCACAGGGAGCUGCUACGAGGCCCUGGCCGCGGCUCUGGACGGCGGGCCUGCCUCCAGCCAGCCCCUGCUGCUGCUCCGGGAGGGGGAGAGCAGGGCGGAGUGCCUGGGACAAGGGAUGCAGUGGAGGGGCUACGAGGUGUCCGAAGACAUCUUCCUCCUGUGCCUCUGCUGCCUCCUAUUGGCCGAGGAGACGGCCGUGUUCGGGGCCUAUCUGAAUGUGGGCGGGGCUUCGGGCGGUCCUCUGCGCAUCCUGUUCCUGCUUUGUGUUCUGCUGAUGGCGUUGUGGCUCUUCCUGCUGCUCUGUCUGCUGGCCUAUUUCCCCCAGUUCCCCACUCAGCUCCUAGGGGGUGCUCUGGGCUGCCUCAGCUGGAGGGGGCUGUACCAGGGCUGGUACCCACUAGGACCCAGCUGGUGCUGCCCGGGUAGACCUGGCUCUGGCCUGCUGAGCUCUGACUAGAAUAGAGCUGGGAGCAACGGGAUCCAUAGGGUCCAUCAUUCUGUCAUUCUACAUAAAGAUUUAUAAAUAAGUCAAAGUUACUUCAUUCAGAUUCAGCUCCGUUAACAGUUAAUACUGACAGACAUUAUCCAGCAGUAUUCAAAGGUUCAGCCGUUAGAUGAUGUAUCCCAUAAUAGUGCACUUUGUGACCCUGAGGCAGCAGCCUUAGGAGGAUUCAGCAUCAAUGAUGAUUGGCUAUAUUUGAUAAAGGUUGUAUUUCUGUGCAUAUUGAUCGGCAGAUGUCAAGUCUAGAUAUCUUUUGUUCAGUUUAUAAAAUACUACUUAUUCUAUAAAAUACUACUUAUUCUAUAAUCAAAUAAAUUAGGCUCAAGGCCUGCAUGCUUGCUAAGUACCACUACAGUGACUAUCACUAACGUGACUAUCACUAUCACUGCCAGACUAUCACUACUGUGACUAUAUCUACCAGACUAUCACUAUCACUACCGUUAAUAUCACUACAGGUGACUACCUACCAGACUAUCACUAACGUGACUAUCACUAUCACUACCAGACUAUCACUACAAUUACUAUACCUGCCAGACUAUCACUAACCAGACUAUCACCAUCACUACCAGACUAUCACUACCAUGACUAUACCCACCAGACUAUCACUAUCACUACCAGACUAUCACCACCAGAAUAUCACUAUCACUACCAUGACUAUACCUACCAGACUAUCACUAUCACUACCAUGACUAUAACUACCAGACUAUCGGUACCGUUACUAUCACUACCAGACUAUCACCACCAGACUAUCGGUACCGUUACUAUCACUACCAGACUAUCACCACUAGACUAUCACUACUGUGACUCUACCUACCAGACUAUCACUAGCACUACCACCACCAUACUAUCGGUACCGUUACUGUCACUACCAGACUAUCGGUACCGUUACUGUCACUACCAGACUAUCGGUACCAUUACUGUCACUACCAGACUAUCGGUACCGUAACUUACUGUCACUACCAGACUAUCGAUACCGUUACUGUCACUACCAGACUAUCGGUACCGUUACUGUCACUACCAGACUAUCGGUACCGUUACUGUCACUACCAGACUAUCGGUACCAUUACUGUCACUACCAGACUAUCGGUACCGUUACUGUCACUACCAGACUAUCGAUACCGUUACUGUCACUACCAGACUAUCGGUACCGUUACUGUCACUACCAGACUAUCGGUACCGUUACUGUCACUACCAGACUAUCGGUACCGUUACUGUCACUACCAGACUAUCGGUACCGUUACUGUCACUACCAGACUAUCGGUACCGUUACUGUCACUACCAGACUAUCGGUACCCUUACUGUCACUACCAGACUAUCACUGCCGUGACUAUCACCAUCAUUACCAGACUAUCAAUACCCCUUACACCCAGUGCCAUUACCAUCACUAGUAUCAUUACCAUCAGUAGUAUCAUUACUACCACUAGUAUCAUUACUACCAAUAUUAUCAUUACUAACUAGUAUCAUUAGUAACUAGUAUCAUAACUACCACUAGACCAGGAAGUUAUGAGACACAGGAGUGAGUGAGUUAUAUUUUUUAAUCAACGUUCAAGAUGGACAUCAAUAAUCCACAGUAAUGGGCAGAGAUUGAAAGGGUUCUACAACAUUUUGGCAAACUCUCCCAAUCCUUACUGCUGUCAGCCUCACUAUGUGAAGCACAAAAAGGUAUUUGUAAAAAAUGUACAAAAAAUAAAAUGCAUGUCAAACCCAAAAUCCAUUGCAUUACUACAAGUAUGAUGCAACAAAAGGGAAGUUUGCUAUACACUACUGGAAGAAGGUCUGAA